AAUCAAACACGUUUCUGUGAAACAACGAAGGCAUAGAAAGGGCGUGUGUCGAUGGAUGGGAACGAUGGCAAGGGGAAACUGAAGGCAAAAAUAAGAUAAAGCAGAAGGCAGCGUGCAAGAAAAGAAGAGGCUCCAAAGGGGUAGAGGACGGGACCAGAGGGCAUAUACCCAUAAAUGCUUCCAUGGAUUCCACCACAGCCUGUUCACUCAAUGGGGUAUAUCCACUCCAAUAGGUCCCUUCAAUCCCAUUUUUGAUUCCUUCUAUCCCUUGCACUCCAUCGCAUAUCACUCCUAUUAAUCUAAUCCAUUCUCUCCAAUCUCUCAACUCUAUUUAACAGUCAUGUCCACUUCUCUCUCUAUAAAUCCUCCCUCCUUUUCUAUCAUCACCACGACUCCCUCUUCUCCCUCCUCCUUCUCCUCCUCCUCUUUUUCUACUUCUUCUUCUUCAUAUACCUCUGUUUCUCCGAGACUACUCAGUCUUUAUCCUUCUACAGCAAAGCCCAUUACCCUCGUUUGCCGACAAGCUCGCUUUUCUCCAUCUGAGGGAGCAUCAAGGCUUAGGAGGAGGACUUUGGCUGCAAAAGGAGACAUGACCAUUACAGAAAUGGGGGAAGAAGACGAAGAGGAGGAGAGUCCUCCUCCUUCGCUCGAGUCGGAGGCAACUUCCAGGCCUCGCCGUAUCGCUCUCUUCGUCGAGCCUUCUCCAUUUGCAUAUGUGUCUGGAUAUAAGAAUCGGUUCCAGAAUUUCAUAAGAUAUCUACGUGAAAUGGGGGAUGAGGUAAUGGUUGUAACAACGCAUGAAGGGGUGCCACAGGAGUUUUAUGGAGCAAAACUGAUUGGGUCACGGAGCUUUCCUUGCCCAUGGUAUCGAAAGGUUCCUCUUUCUUUGGCACUUAGCCCUAGAAUAAUCUCAGAGGUUGCCCGAUUUAAGCCUGAUAUAAUACAUGCAUCAUCACCUGGAAUUAUGGUCUUUGGUGCUCUCUUUAUUGCAAAACUAUUGUGUGUUCCUAUAGUGAUGUCUUAUCACACCCAUGUUCCAGUAUAUAUCCCAAGAUACACCUUUAGUUGGUUGGUGAAACCCAUGUGGUUGAUCAUAAAAUUUCUUCACAGAGCAGCUGAUCUCACUCUGGUGCCAUCAGCAGCCAUUGCAAGGGAUCUCCAAGCUGCUAGGGUAACAGCAGCUAACAGAAUUCGUCUUUGGAAUAAGGGGGUUGACUCUGAAAGUUUCCAUCCUCGUUACUAUUCUCACGAAAUGCGUUUAAGACUAAGCAAUGGUGAACCUGAGAAACCAUUGGUAAUCCAUGUUGGAAGACUUGGGGUAGAGAAGAGCUUGGAUUUCCUGAAAAGGGUGAUGGAUAGACUUCCAGAAGCACGGAUAGCUUUCAUUGGAGAUGGCCCUUAUAGGGAGGAGCUGGAGAAAAUGUUCUCUGGCAUGCCUGCUGUGUUCACAGGGAUGUUGCAAGGUGAGGAGCUCUCUCAGGCAUACGCCAGCGGGGAUGUUUUUGUGAUGCCCUCAGAAUCUGAGACACUGGGUCUGGUUGUUUUAGAAGCCAUGUCAUCAGGGGUCCCUGUGGUGGGAGCUCGUGCUGGGGGAAUCCCAGAUAUCAUUCCUAGGGAUGAUGAGGGAAAGACUGGUUUUCUCUAUAAUCCUGGAGAUAUUGAGGACUGCUUAAGCAAACUAGAGCCUCUGUUGCACAGCCAUGAAUUGAGAGAAACCAUUGGGAAAGCUGCACGUGAAGAAAUGGAGAAGUAUGAUUGGAGGGCUGCGACUAGGAAGAUACGCAAUGAACAAUACAAUGCAGCAAUCUGGUUCUGGCGGAAAAAGAGAGCCCAGCUGCUACGACCUCUACAAUGGCUGACAAGACUUUUCUUCCGAACACCAGAAAUUAACUACAGGUAAUGUUAAUGUAUAUACUUGCAAAGCCUGUUUGGGGCUUCAAAGAAGGCCUCCUGUUACGCAAGUGUGAUCAUUGUUUUGUAUUGAUAUGUUCAUUUUUUGUAUGUGUAUUGACUAUGAUUCAUAAAUAAUUGUGAUUGGUGUUGCCAAUUGUGUGAUGAAAUUUGUAGAUUUGGAUAAA